AUGCUUAUCCCAAUGGACAACUCAAAUAAACCUCAGGAAACAAAUUCAAAUACCAUUGUAUUUGAUAUCUCAAAGAGUACUAACUUUUCACUCAACGAUGGCUACAGGACUUUACAACGAAGACUUAAAACAAGUGGAUGGAAAGUGAGCAGUAACAAAGAAGAGAUAACAAGUGAAAUAUUAUCGCAAUCGACUGUUUUUUUAAUUUUAGCCCCAAAAGCGAAAUAUACAGACAUUGAAUUCAAACAUUUGAGAAAACAUAUACAAAACGGCGGAAAACUAUUUGUUAUGUUAGGAGAAGGAGGAGAACGAAAAGCGGGAACUAAUGUCAACUUUUUGUUAGAAGAAUACGGAAUCUCUAUAAAUAAUGAUACUGUGGUUCGAAGCGCUUAUUAUAAGUAUUAUCACCCGAAAGAGGCACAGAUAGGGAACGGGAUUCUCAACAGAGGAUUACUUCAGAGCGCAAACAAACUCCAGAAACUUAAUAACGGAGAAAACGACGACACGAAUCAGAUCCAGAAUAUCAGUUUCGUUUACCCGUUUGGGGCGACACUAAAUGUGGCCAAACCAGCCGUUGCCGUAUUGUCCACCGGUUCGGUCUCAUUGCCACUCAAUCGUCCCGUUUGUGCCUUUUAUAAUGAGCCCAAAAGUGGGGGCAAAAUAGUGGUAUUGGCGACGACUCUCAUGUUUAGCGACGCCUACAUCGAGAAAGAGGACAACUCUUUGGUUAAGGAUAUAAUAAUGCAUUACUUUACUGACGCAAACUUUUCACUCAAUACGAUCGAUGCCCAAAAUCCCGAGGUUUCCGAUUAUUACACGAUUCCAGACAUUGAGUUACUAUCAGAGCAGCCCUUCUCUAGUCUCGAAGAGAGUGAAGAAUUGCCGUCCGAUUACAACAAAUUAUUUUCCAAAACCAUUAAUCAAAUUACAAACUCAGAGCUGACACAAGUGCUUAAAGCGUAUGAGGAGUUACAGAUGGACAGGGAGACACUGAAGCUGAUUAAACCACAGUUCGAUACACCCCUCCCGGCUCUACAACCGGCAGUAUUUCCGCCCACUUUUCGCGAGCUAUCAAAGCCUGCGCUCGAGUUGUUUGAUUUGGACGACGCCUUCAGUUCAAUACCCACUCGAUUGACACAAAUCGCCAACAAAUGCAGUGAAAAUGAUUUGGAGUACUUUGUGAGAGAGUGUGGACUUAUUGUGGGCAUCAAUGAAGCCGUGACCGGAACCAAAUCAGCCAAAGCUAUACUCAACUAUAUGUUUAGCAAAAUUGUUGAAUUCAAAAAACCGUCCUAUAAAACAAAUCUCGAAGAGAGUGAAGAAUUGCCGUCCGAUUACAACAAAUUAUUUUCCAAAACCAUUAAUCAAAUUACAAACUCAGAGCUGACACAAGUGCUUAAAGCGUAUGAGGAGUUACAGAUGGAUAGGGAGACACUGAAGCUGAUUAAACCACAGUUCGAUACACCCCUCCCGGCUCUACAACCGGCAGUAUUUCCGCCCACUUUUCGCGAACUAUCAAAGCCUGCGCUCGAGUUGUUUGAUUUGGACGACGCCUUCAGUUCAAUACCCACUCGAUUGACACAAAUCGCCAACAAAUGCAGUGAAAAUGAUUUGGAGUACUUUGUAAGAGAGUGUGGACUUAUUGUGGGCAUCAAUGAAGCCGUGACCGGAACCAAAUCAGCCAAAGCUAUACUCAACUAUAUGUUCAGCAAAAUUGUUGAAUUCAAAAAAGUUAAUAACGAUCACAAUUUGCAUUGA